AUGAAAUGUUGUUGGGAAAUCCUGGCCAUUUUCUUAGGAUUUCUUCCAAGUGCGUUGUCUCUCCAGCCAGCCCAGCCCAGAGUGUUGCUAGUAUCUUUUGAUGGAUUUCGGUGGGAUUACAUCUAUAAAGUCUCAACUCCCAAUUUUCAUUAUGCCAUGGAGAAUGGCGUUCACGUCAAACAGGUCACUAACGUGUUUGUAACGAAAACGUAUCCGAAUCAUUACACAAUGGUGACGGGUCUCUAUGCGGAAAGCCACGGCAUAGUUGCUAAUGAGAUGUAUGACCCUAUUCUGAAUGAGACUUUCUCUCUGAACAAAAUGAUUAUCCAUAACUCCAAGUUCUGGGAAGAAGCCAGCCCAAUAUGGGUGACGAACCAGAGGGACGGACAUAAAACAGGAGCAGCUAUGUGGCCUGGAACAGAUGUGAAAAUACAUGGAGUCUUUCCUACUUAUUACAUGCCCUACAAUGAGUCUGUUUCCUUCGAAGACAGAGUCGCUAGGCUGAUGGACUGGUUUACAGCAGAAGAACCCAUAAACUUUGGUCUCCUGUAUUGGGAACAGCCUGAUGAGAUGGGCCAUGUUCUGGGCCCAGAAAGCCCUCUUAUGGGACCGGUAAUCAGCGAUAUUGACAAAAAGCUGGGCUACCUUAUGUCUGAACUGAAGAAAGCCAAGCUGUGGGAUGUGAUAAAUGUCAUCAUCACAAGUGAUCAUGGAAUGUCACAGUCCUCCUCGGAAAGGCUCAUUGAGCUUGAUCAGUAUGUGAGCAGAGAGCUCUAUGACGUCAUUGACCAUUCUCCUGCAGUAGCUAUUUUGCCAAAAGAAG